AUGCUUCCUCCAAAACCUAAUUACCAACUUGUUGAAACUAUUCCACUUAAAUUAAAGUACGAUCCCGCGAAAAAAUUAAAUUUACUGAGACUACAAUCAAAGAAAAAAACCGAUUUAAAAAAUUUUACACCACCAGUAAAACUAAUUAGAAAAGAUCCCAAUGCAAGAGAAUAUAACAAAGACAAUAAUAAUACUUUUUCAAGAAGUAAUAUACAAACAUUGCCAACUUCUAAUUCAUCCUCUUCCUCAUCAAUAACAGCUAAUAUUACAACUACUGGAGGUUCAACUAAGAAUUCACAAGCAGCUGGAGGAAAAAGAACAACGCAGGUUUUUUUAGCUGAUGAAGAAACAAGAAAAUUAAAAGCUGAAGAAAGGUUACCUUGGGUACUUGAGGAUUUUGGCGGAUCUAAUACUUGGGUUGGACAAUAUUGUAAUACUGAGGACGUUAGAUAUGGAGGAAUGUUUCAUAAAACUAAUGAAAAAGGUGAAAAAUAUGUUGAAUUUAAACAACUUAGUCAUUGGUAUGAAUUUAAGCCAAAACCAAAAUUUACUCCACUUACGAUUGAAGAAGCAGAAGAAAUUAUGGGAAAAGCAAAAAAACGUGAAAAUGAUAGAUGGUUCAUGAGAAGAUCUGGUAAAAACGAUAAAGAAAGAGAAAUGGCAGAGAAGGAGGGUGGAAUUUAUGACAAUAAGUCUAAUCUUAAAGCUGUAGAAAAUGAAACAGACUUGAUAAGAUCAGAUGAUGAAGGAGAAUCUAAAUUUCAUGGUAAAUAUGAGGACGAAUUCGAAGAGAUGGACUAUGAACAAGUGUUUGAAGACGAUGAAGAAGAUAAUCUUGAUUUACAAAACCCAGAGGAUGUCAAAGAUCCGGUGUUAGUUAAAACCAAAUUCUUUAGUGGUACUGCCGAGGAAGAAUUUGAGGAAGACAAGGAGAGAAACAAAUUAACAGCUGAAGGAAAAAAUCUCAAGAAACUUGUGAGAACAUUGGAAAAAAAUGUUGCAUAUGAUGACAGUGAUAAAGAAUCAGAUCCUUAUGCAAGUUCAGUUGAACUCGAUGGAACAGACGACGAGGAGGAAGGUCAAAAUUCUCAAUCAUUGCCAUCUAGUCUUAAUUCUGCAAAAUUAAUCUCGCCUCCUAAAUCGGAAAAAGGAAAAAGCACAACCAAAAGUGGUGCGAACUCAUCAUCAACCACCACUAAAUCCAAAGCAACAGCUGCGACAACAGCUGCCGAUAAACCAAAGAAUAAAUCUCUAACUUCAGCCAAAAAAAGUACAGCAUCAUCCACGCCAUCUUCAUCAGCUCCUGCAACACCAAAUUCCACCACCACAUCUAAACCAAAAGCAAGUACCAAAUCUGUAACUAUUAAGACUGAAUCGAAAUCUGAUUCUUCAACUGCAAUCAUUGGUUCACCGUCAUCUGCAAGUAGUGGCAGUAGCACAGAGAAAAAAUCAAAACCUGCUGCUGGCAGUAGUAGUUCCGAUUCUAAUUUGAUUACAGAAAAAGAAAUAUGUGUCUUAAUUAGAACAAAAAAGAAGAUUAUUUCACGUUGA